CUGCUCUCGAACCCCUCCACCUCCAAUCUUCUCUUCUUUUCGCCAGACCACUCCCUUAAUCUGUCAGUGCGCCCGUCAGGGGCCUUGGGGGUCAGGAAAAUGGAGACUAUUUCUAGGAUUUCUUCCAUGCUGGAAACAGCUCGAGAACUCACUCUUGAAGCUGCUCAGUCUGCCGCUAGUAACAGGCUGUCCAGUACCAAUGCCUCGUCUCGCGGCCACAGUGUGUCUCAUAUUAAGAAGCUCCUCGAAAGUCGCAUUGAACGGGAGGUCCUGGAUGGGAUGCGGAAGGUGAUUUCGGUGAUGUACCGUGACGAACCGUCCUUCCCUUUCUUCCCAGCGGUUGUUAAAAAUGUCGCCAACCCAAAUAUCGAGGUCAAAAAGCUGGUUUACAUUUACUUGGUUCACCAGGCAGAGUCGGAACCGGAUCUUGCUCUCUUGUCGAUCAACACGAUCCAGAAGUCCCUCACGGAUCAGAAUCCCCAGGUGCGCGCCAUGGCACUUCGUACAAUGUCUAGCAUCCGAGUUCCGGUUAUCAGCCAAAUCGUGUCUCUGGCGAUCAAAAGAGGUUGUGGUGACAUGAGUCCCCAUGUCCGCAAAGCAGCUGCACUGGCAAUCCCAAAGUGCUAUCGCUUGGAUCCGAAUACCAUUCCGCAGUUAAUUGGCUAUCUCUCCACAUUGCUGGGUGAUUUGCAGUAUUUUGUCGCUGGACCCGCCGUCGCCGCGUUCUUGGAAGUUUGUCCGGAUCGUAUCGAUUUGAUUCACAAGCACUACCGGAGCUUGGUCAAGAAGCUAGUGGAUAUGGAUGAAUGGAGCCAACUGUCAACACUACGUCUUUUGACUUUCUACGCGCGGAAAUGCUUCCCCCGCAAGACCCAGAGAGUGAAGAAGGCAGUUACUUCCAAGGGAUUCUACGAUGACAUUGAUGACCAGGAUACGACCGAGCAGAAUGGUGACGACGAAUAUGAAGUUCCGGUCCUCGAUCCAGACCUCGAGCUUCUUUUCCGAUCAUGCAAGCUACUCCUGCAAAAUCGCAACUCCGCGGUGGUUGUCAGUGUCGUCCGCUGCUUUCUCUAUCUGGCCCCACCGGAAUACCUCACCGAUGCUGUUGGCCCUUUGAUUGCUCUUCUUCGAAGCCCCCAGGAUAUGCAGCAAAUCGCGCUGUACAAUAUCGUCGCCGUAUCGUUGCGCAACCCGAAACCUUUUGCGAAAUAUGCUUCUCACUUUCUAGUACACAGCAAUGAACCACCCCACAUCUGGCGCCUCAAGCUCGAGGUUUUGACUAUUUUGUUCCCGCACUUCGGGAUGCAUCUCAAGGGAGUGAUUAUCAGCGAGCUGGAACAUUUCUCGCAAGGUGCAGACCCGGAUUUAGUGCGGGAAAGUGUUCGCGCAAUUGGCCGCUGUGCACAGAGUGAUACCAGCACCUCAUCUCACUGCCUCGGCAUCCUGCUCAAUCAAAUCACAAGCAUGGAUGACAACCUGGUGUCGGAGUCGUUGACCGUGAUCAGGCAUUUGAUCCAACAAGACCCAGCAGCGCACGAACAGACAGUAAUCCAACUGGUGAAGCACCUCGGGUCGACAACUAGUUCUGACGCAAGGGCAACCAUCAUUUGGCUCGUCGGGGAAUAUGCAGGCAUUGAGCCAGAGCGAAAUUUCGCACCAGAUGUGCUGCGGAUAUUGGUGAAAGGCUUUGCGGAUGAACCAGAGGCUGUAAAGCAGCAAAUUGUCCUUUUAGGUGCCAAGGUGUACUUACAUCACCUGUUACGAAACCCUUUGAAAGAGCAGCCAGAGUCAGAGCCCAAGGUAGAACAGAAGUAUAGCAACGAAUGGACCGAUAACCAGGAUGAACAGAAAGAGGAAGAACCCGAACAAGAAAAGCAGGAAGAAGAGCCAGAAGAUAAAAUCUCUCUUCUUUGGCGCUACAUCCUCCUCCUCGCUAGAUACGAUCCCUCUUAUGAUCUUCGCGACCGGGCUCGUCUCUACAAGGCUCUCCUCGACUCACCUUCCAAGACGCAGCUCGCCAACCUACUCCUCCUUGCUCCUAAGCCUGUCCCACAUGUCCCAAGUCCGUCGGAGACGCGCAAGGACUUGCUUCUUGGAUCCUCCACACUCAUUGUGGGACCAGACGCUGGUCUCCAUGGUCUGAAAGGCUACGAGAAGCUCCCCGAAUGGGUUGAGCCAGGACAUGAGCCUGACGCUCAUCUUCGUGAGCAGGAAAAGCCUCAAGUGCUCCCAGAAAAGGCAUCCAUGACUGCGGGCGAGAAGCUCGACAAGGCCCUCAGGGACCAUGAAAUCAGCGUUGCAUCUGCUACUAAACAGAAGGCUGCUGUUCAAGGCGCAGCAACGAAGAACAAGAGCCUGAGCGAGUGGUUAGAGGAUGAAGAGAGCGAAACUGAAGAGGAAACUGAGUCGGAGUAUGAGGAAGUGACCGACUCCGAGGCAGAAGACUCAGAUGAGGAAGAGGAAGGAGAGAGCGAAUAUGAAGAAGUGACUGACUCGGAGGAUGAUGCUGAGGGUACACAGCUAUUGACAGCUCAGCCUCCGAGGAAUGCAUAGUCAGGAAAUUAUUUUUUAGAAAAAAAGGAUAUUCAUUUUGGAAAUGAUAGUUAUGCCAUUUGAUGAGAUAUCCGCUUACAUAUUUAAAUAUAUAAUUCAUUCUAUGGCUUCUAU